UGUCGGGUGAGGACGCCGCCACGCUCCGCUGUCGCGCGCCCGCCCCGCCGCCCGCCCGACGCCCGGUGAAGUGACGGACGGACACGACUGUGAGCGGCCAGUGUCGCCCGCGGACCGGCUGCCCUGCUGCGCGCGUCGUCGCCGAUGACACCAUGGUUUGCUCAGCUGUAGAGAUGAACCCGGCCCCCCUGAAAUCGUCCUUCAGCAUCGACUCGCUGCUCAACGACCCGUUCAAGCAGCGGGUGCCGCUGCCGGCGCCCGAGGCGGACGCCGUCUCCGACGACGGCAUCCUGGAGAGCGACGUCGACGUCAUCGGCACCGACGAGGACGCCGACAACUCGCGCGAGGCCGAGGAGAAGCUCUUCGACGCCGAGCCGGCCGACGAGAAGGCCGACGCCAAGGGCGACGACAAGGCCGACGACAAGGCCGACAAGAAGAAGUUCGAGAAGCCGCCGUACAGCUACAACGCGCUCAUCAUGAUGGCAAUCCGGAGCCACCCACAGAAGCGGCUCACACUCAGCGGCAUCUACGAGUACAUCCUCAAGAACUUCCCCUACUACCGCGAGAACCGACAGGGCUGGCAAAACUCGAUCCGGCACAACCUCAGCCUCAACAAGUGCUUCGUCAAGAUCCCGCGACACUACGACGACCCGGGCAAGGGCAACUACUGGAUGCUGGACCCGUCCUCCGACGACGUCGUCAUCGGGCCAACGACGGGGAAGCUGCGUCGGCGCUCGUCGACGGCCGCGCGCAACCGUCUGGUGGCGUUCCGACACGGGCUGACUUCGCUGCCCUUCCCCGCGCUGUACCCGGCGGCGGCGUACCCGGGCGGCCGGCUGCCGGCGCCGCUGUACCCGCCGGCGGCGGCGCUCUACUAUCGCGGCGUGUACCCGGCGCUGUACCCGGCGCUGGCCGGCGAGCGAGACCCGGACCGCCGCAUGGUUCGGAGGCAGGACGUUCACCAGGACUGCCUGCGGUCGGAGCAGGACGUCACCAGACUGCUGCGGUCGGAGCAGGACGCCACCAGACUGCUGCGGUCGGAGCAGGACGUCACCAGACUGCUGCGGUCGGAGCAGGACGCCACCAGACUGCUGCGGUCGGAGUAG